AGAGGUUGAGUGGGCGUACCUGUCACGCAGGCGCACCACCAUUCUUAAUAAAAGAUGUCAAAACCUUUUUUUAUCAAAGUGAUAGAUUUUUAAAUAUGCAUGGUGAUUAUUGGAUCACCACUAAUCAUAUUUUUCCAAGGAUGAGGUAGAGCAAAUGGUGCAAGAAGCAGAAAGGUUUGCGAAGGAUGACAAAGAGAAGAGGGAUGCAAUCGACACAAAGAACCAGGCGGAUUCUGUUGUUUACCAGACAGAGAAGCAACUUAAAGAACUUGGAGAGAAGAUUCCAGGUGAAGUGAAAGAGAAGGUGGAGGCCAAGCUACAAGAGCUUAAAGACAAGAUUAGAAGCGGAUCAACACAAGAAAUCAAGGAUGCCAUGGCUGCUCUUAACCAAGAAGUGAUGCAGAUUGGUCAGUCUAUGUACAACCAGCCUGGUGCUGGAGCAGGGGCAGGAGCUGCACCUGGAGGUGAAGGUGAUUCAUCAGAAGAUUCAUCGUUAAGCAAAGGUGGUGAUGAUGUGAUAGAUGCUGACUUCACUGACAGCAAAUGAGAAAUCCAACUUUGAUGAUUGAGAUGAUGUGAUCGAUACAAACUUGGAUGCAGGGGCGAAGCUAUUUUAUAAAACAAUCCUGUGCCAUUGCAUCUACAAUAUUUUGAAAAUUUUAGUGUAUUUUAUAAUUUAUUUGAUUUAUGUGCACCCACUAGAAUUUGCAAUUAUGCACUCGAUAAAUUCAAAAAAAAAAAAGGAAGUCAUUCACUCGGGAAGAAAAAAAAAGGUUUGCUUUGGAAAAUAAAUUAGCCUGAAUUGGGAGAUUAGGCCGUCGUAUACAAGAUAUGCAUAAAUAUUCCA